AUGCGUGAACUUUCUUCGGUUCUCGCCCUUUCGGGCUUGCUGGCCCUGGCGUCGGCACAGGAUCCUGCCGCCCUGCUCAACUCGGUGUGCUUCCCCAGCGGACAACUCAAAAACACCAUCCCGUACCCGUGCCCGGGAAUCGCCAAUGCCAAGCAACAAUGCAACCAGUUCCUUCCUGGUCCCAACGCGAGCCCUGAUCAGAUCAAGAAGCACCGCGACUGCCUGUGCUUUGACGAGAAGAUUAUCCAGUUCGAGAAGGGCUGCACUGCUUGCAAGAAGACACACGCCUUCCUCAGCAAGAGGGGCGAAGGCUACUGGAACGGAAUUUUGGAUCGUGUCUACUCCGACUACUGCCAGGCCGAAAACCCAACCGCCGCAUACGAUGCUUCGUGGGCUUCCGCGUCCCAGGCUGCCGGUCCGAUACCUACCGGCGGACCCGAUGAUGUACUCACCAACUAUGCCAAGGAUCUGCCCGCCGACGAGAAGACAAAGGUUGAACUCUACUGGAAGGGCACUACUGAGGAGAAGCGUCCCUCGGCCACUGCCACGCCAACUUCCGUGUCGACCAGUGCUGCCGCUACCCCCACGCUGGUUGACGAUGAUGAUGAGUGGUGCGACGACGAGGAGACUACUUCCGCCUCCGCCGGUUCUGCCGCCGCGACUACCGCCAGCCCCAACACCGCCGUCUCUGGCAGCACUCAGCCUACUCCUGUUCUGAACGACGACUGGAUCACUGCCUCUGCCAAGGAGGACCCUUCUGCCAGCACCGUCCGCCCCCCCCAGCCCAGCCAGUCUGGCUGGACUAAGCAGAACGAGACCUCCCCUGCCCCUGCCACCGAGACUGUCUACAUUGACCGUGUCGUCAUUGUCAAGGUUUGCCAGAAGUGUGUCUAUGCCCAGUCCGACAACGGCGACUUCAAGCUGGCCUGCUCCAACCCCAUGGAGAUCGAGGGCACCAAGAAGCAGGUCCCUGUCGAGGAGGCCAAGCACCUUCCCGCUGUCCCUGUCGCUCUUCCCAAGGAGCCCGUCUCUGUAGAGCAGAAGAAGAAGAUCGUCGUUCCGGAUACCAUCAUCCAGCAGGUCUGCGGGUGCUCUUACACCUCGGGCCCCGGCUCCAACGGCAACGGUGCCAAUGGUUCCAACCCUGGAAGCUCCAAGAACCCUGGUUCUGGCUCUGAUAGCCCCAAGAACAACGGCGCUACCGGCUCCAAUGGCAAGCCUGGCUCUGGCAACAAUGGUGCCAACGGUUCCAACCCUGAAGGCUCCAAGACCCCUGGCUCCGGCCCUGAUAGCCCCAAGAACAAUGGCUCCAACGGCUCCAACGGUCCUAACGGCUCUACUGGCUCUCCUUCUGGCCUUGGCAACGAGGGCCCCAACGGUUCCAACGGCAAGCCCGGCUCUGGCAACAAUGGUGCCAACGGUUCCAACCCCGGCAACCCCAACGCUCCCGGCUCCGGCAACACCGGUGCUGGCUCUGAUGCCGGCAGCCCCAAGAAUCCCGGCUCCAACGGUUCCAACGGCCCCAACAAUGCCGGCUCGAAUGGCGUUGUUGCUCCUUCUGGCAGCAACCCCUCCAAGCCAACUCGCGUCGGCUCUGCUGGUCUGCCUUCGGGAACCAACCAGGUCCCCAUUGUCAGCUCGGCAUCCGGCAACAUGCCGGCAUCCGUGGCUAUGCUCUUCCUCGCCGCCAUGGCUCUUCUUAUCUAA